AUGGCCCUCAAUGAUGAUCCUUCUGUUUUUGCGGGUGAUGAGGAUGAGGUUCUGCAUAUUGGAGAGGUGGAGAUUGACCCAACGCUUGUAGCUGAUGUAUGGCUUAUUGGAAGAGUUCUGGCUCCACAUACUGUCAGUCGCGUGGGAUUCAUCAGGUGCAUGGAGAAGCUUUGGGAAUCAAGGAGCUGCGAAGAAGUUCGCCAUGUGGGGGGGAAUCUGUUUGCUUUCAGGUUCAUCUCAACCAGCGCCAGGGACCUUGUCCUCCGAUCGAGCCCUUGGUUUUUCGCUGGCUUCAUGAUCGCCCUGAACGUGUUCAAUACCAGCGUGGAUCCGAACACAAUUCCGCUGAACCGCGUGCCGUUAUGGGUUCAAGCUCUUGGACUGCCGUACACGUACAGAUCUGAAAAACUCGCCAGAAUUUUGGGUGGUGCGUUCGACGGUUUCCUGGGAUGGGACAAAUUCUUUGGGCUUGGCCUACGCUUCAGAGUGUGGGUCAAUGUAGAGACGCCACUGAGGAAGGGAAAGAAAAUAGCAGCGGUGGGUAGAGAGUCGUUUGCUGUCCGUUUCAAGUAUGAAAAACUAGUAAAUUUUUGCUAUCGGUGUGGCCGGUUAGAUAAUAUUGAAAAGCACUGUGAGAUGGAGGCGCUGCUAGUUCCAGAGUUCGGACCAUGGAUGAGGGCUGAAGGGGAUUUUGGUGGAGGAGGCCGCCGGAAUCAGAACUGGAACCGAGAGGAAGAGAAAGACUUUGAGACUGAGGAAGAGAAUGCACAAGAGGAGGAAGAUGAUGAGGUAAGGGAACUAGAGGAGAAAAAUGAAACCGAGGAGUAG